AUGGUUACCCUGGCAAACUACAUAGGAUGCUAUGCUGGUACGCGUCUUAUUGAGAGUCAGACCACUGAAUCAUUUCUCGCGUGCUCGAUACAUUGUUUACACAAACCUUUUUUCGGAUUUCAAGGCAAACAAUCGUGUGUUUGUGUACAUGUUCUUGGGACCAAGGUAAGCCCAAGUAAAUGUAACGUAACUUGUUUUGAUGGCAAGGCAUGUGGCGGAAAAAGUCAUAUCUCAGUAUACGGAAAUGAAAAAUGUCCAGCAAGCAUUAUUUUAAAAAUAGAAGUAAGAGGUUGCAGGGAGAACAAUGGCGGAUGUGGUGAGCAAAUCUGUUUUGAGGCGGGGCCUGACAAUGGGGAAGGGGCUGAAAUCAGAUGCUACCCGCCUGAUGAGAACUUUUUUAUGUCGUCAGAAGUUGUCGUUGAAAGAAACAUGAAUUACAAAGGUUGUUUUGCUAAAAUGCAUUCGAGCAAAGAGUUGAAAAUUGAAUCGGUAAAUUCAUGCUUAGAAUAUUGUAAAGAAACAUUCUUCUACGGCAUGAAGAAUAGUGACACCUGCUCUUGUGCAAAGACCGUGGAACACGAGGUUAGUGCUGAAAGAUGCAAUAAACUUUGCUCGGAUGGAUUUUCGUGCGGAGGCAGUUCUUUCUACUCUGUUUAUGCCAGUAAAACCUCCAUUAUUAUAACUAUUUUUCAAAAUCUGAAGGAUCAUAUUAUUUAA